UAUGUUAAAUUAGAAAAUAUAAAAAGAAUUAAAAUGAUUGUUUCGACAGACCAACAGGCUUUUUCUGUUACUAUUAUGGUUAAGGGAGAUGACACUGAACCCCCGCCGUCAGUUUUCAAACAGAAGAAUGAGUAUUUAACCAAAGAAGAAACAGUCCAACAGUAUGAGAACUCAUCCCAUUAUCAGGAUGUACUUGAUGGAUUUGAAUGUUUACGAAAAAGAGGAAUUUUACUGGAUGUCAAACUUAUUGCAGAGGGAGAAAUGUUUCAGGCACAUCGAUCUCUUCUCGCGAGCUGUAGCGACUAUUUCCGGGCCAUGUUCUCCUCGGGUCUCAGGGAAAGUUUUGAGGAAGAGAUUUCGUUACACGGAGUUACCGCUAGAGGGCUUGCGGUCAUUCUAGACUACAUGUAUACCUCCAGACUUGAAUUGGAUACAGGGUGUAUAGAAGAAGUACUAGACUGCGCCUCUCAGCUACAGAUGACAAGCGUGAUAUCCCGGUGUGCUGAGUUCUUAAUAGAUAAAAUCCACCUGGAGACUUGUGUGGAUAUUCUAUCAUUGGGAGAAACAUUUGCCCUCACAAAGGUGAGGCAAGCUUCACUUAGAUUCAUCUCUGAGAAUCUCGCCAGCUUUAAAGGGAGUGUAGAGCUGCCCCGACUAUCUUUAACCCAGUUCCUGAACCUACUUCACUCCAACUACCCAGUAGAUACUACAGAGGGGGAGAUUUUAAGUUUGGCAGCUGACUGGUUGGAAAGUGAUCUUCCAAAACGAUUACAGUGGGUGGAUCAGGUGAUAGACGGUGUCCGGUUGAGCGAGGUACCGGGACGAGAAAUUGCCGGUGUUGUGGAUAGACCAGGCCUUCGCUCCAUCAGAGAUAGACUUCGAACUUUGGAAAGAUUGAGUCCAGUGCGACAAAGUGAUACUUUUAAAAUAUUAAACGCCAGAGGAAUGAAAAUGGCUUUAGUUAAAGUUGGAGGGUUUGGUCCUGCCGGAAUAACAAACCAGAUCAGCUACUACCACUGUGAGGGGGGUAGAGAAGGUUCCUGGAACCCCCUUACCACAAUACCUCACAUAGAGUCCUGUAAUUUCGGGUGCUCCGUGCUACAUAAUCAGCUGUAUAUUGUGGGAGGAUGCUUUAACCAAGAGUUACAGGAGAAUAUUCAUCCCUUUGGUUUCCGGUACUGCGCCAGACUAGAUAAAUGGACAACUAUAGCAGCUAUGAACAGGGAGAGAUGCAGGUUUAGCUUGACGGAAUGUGGAGGUCGUCUUUACGCAAUUGGAGGCUGCGCCGAGGUCGGGGAGGAUGAUUGUACGGUGGAGAGCUACGAUCCUAAUACAGAUCUUUGGACACCCUGUCCCGGGCUACCAGGUGGAAGCAGAUCUCAGCAUGCAGCAGUACGUGUACAGGAGAGAGUGUACAUAAGUGGAGGAUUAGAUCAAGAAACUGUACUGUCAUGUCUUCUAGGUAAAGACAUGAUUUAUCUGGUGGGAGGUUGGAGAGACGGUAUACAGGGUAGAGAACUCAUUCCAGAAAUAAAUAAGUACAACUUGGCUAGUGAUACCUGGAGUGUUGAAACAGUUUUACCCUCUCCGAGAUACAAUGCAGGUGUAACGACGGUCGGCGGUAAGAUUUAUAUAAUCGGCGGGUUCACAGACCAGGAUAUGCUGGAUAGGGGGACUAGUGGAGUAGAUGUUUAUGAUUUAGAAACAGGAGAUUGGUUUAAAGAAACUCCGUUCCCUCAGACAACAUGGGAACAUUCUCUUACAUCCCUUCUGGUUCCAUGGAACAGGAUAUAGAACCGUUCCUCAGACAACUUGGGACCAUUCUCUUAAAUCCCUUCUAGUUCCAUGGAUAUAGGACCGUUCCUCAGACAACUUGGGAACAUUCCUUAACCUCCCUUCUAGAUCCAUGCAACAGGAUUUUGCUGCCUAUCUCCUUUUUAGUUCGUUUGAAUCUAAUGGAUGUAGGACCGUUCUUAGUUGCAGACCUAUCUCGACUUUUUAGUUCGUUUGAACCUAAAGGAUAUAGGACCGUUCCAAGCUGCAGAAAUGUCUCCUUUUUAGUUCGUUUGAACCUAAAGGAUGUAGGACCGUUCCUAGCUGCAGACCUAUAUCCUUUUUAGUUCGUUUGAACCUAAAGGAUGUAGGACCGUUCCUAGCUGCAGACCUAUCUCCUUUUUAGUUCGUUUGAACCUAAAGGAUGUAGGACAGUUCCUAGCUUUUUCAAAAAUGCAAACGCUCCUUUCUCAUUUCCUAUGUUUUAUGUUUUAUGUUUAUUUAGUCCAAUUUAUUGUUUAUUUUUAUUUCUGUCGGAAACCCCCGAUGAAUAUUUAUCAGAAUUGCUCAAAAAUACAGUAUCUUGGGUUAAAUAUCACUAUUCCCAUAAAAUUAUGAACUUUAUUAUUUUGUUCUAAAAAAAUCUCCACGAAUUGCGCUUUUAAACCUCAGAAGUAUUUGUACACUUAAAUAAAAUAAAGAUAGA